UUCGAAUUUAUAACAGGCUCGGAAAUUUUCUCUCCACUGGUAAGCUGAUACCCUUUUGUUUGGUUCCCAAGAAAAUCAAACAAAAGAAUUGAAAAUUAUUUAUUUAGCCUGGAUUCAGGGCAAUGGCGGAAAAGAUUAUAAUACCUGACCGGACUGUUUCCUUUGAGUAUAUGCUUUUUGAUGGAGAUCCUGACGACCUAAGAACAGUUGUUGCGACACCUACCCAGAUGUCACCAUGGAUUGAAGCAGCUGAAUUGAAACUAAAGCACCGGAUUGGACGUGGCACCUUUGGUGAUGUUUGGUUAGCAACACAUCAUCAGUUCGCUGAUGAUUUUGAGGAGUAUCAUGAAGUGGCUGUUAAAGUGUUGCAUCCCUUGAAAGAGGACCUCACACAAAUGUUUGUGGACAGAUUUGAAAGGAUAUUUUUGAGGUCUCGAGAAAUGCAAGGUGUUGGUUGGUUGCAUGGUGUCUCAAUUAUGAACGGGCAGAUCUGUAUUGCAAUGAAAUUUUAUGAAGGAUCAGUUGCUGAUCGGAUAGCCUGGUUGAAAGGGGGCAAGCUUCAAUUUUCAGAUAUUUUGAGGUAUGGUAUAGAUUUGGUAAAAGGGAUCCAAGAGCUGCACUCAAUUGGGUUGCUGGUACUGAACCUUAAGCCUUCGAACUUCCUAUUUAAUGAUCAUGAUCGAGUGGUUCUUGGAGAUUUUGGUAUACCUUAUCUACUACAUGGCAUUCCAUUGAUGAAUUCAGAGAUGGCUUUAAGACUUGGAACACCAAAUUACAUGGCCCCGGAACAGUGGGAUCCGGAAGCGCGAGGUCCUAUGUCUUUUGAGACAGAUUCAUGGGGGUUGGGGUGUAGCAUAGUGGAGAUGUUGACUGGCAUCCAGCCUUGGUUUGGGAAAUCAAUUGAAGAAAUAUAUCAAUCUGUUGUGAUCAAGCAGGAAAAACCACAGAUUCCAAGCGGCCUUCCAUUUGCUGUGGAGAAUGUUAUCAAGGGAUGUUUCGAGUAUGAUCUCCGGAACCGACCUGUCAUGGAAGAUAUUCUAUUUGCAUUUCAAAGCUUGCAUAAUGUUGUUUACAGUGCUGGAGGAUGGGUUGGUCUCGAAAGCAGAGCCCUUGCAGAAAAAUCAAGCUUUGGUGGCUAUACUGCAUGGUAUCUCUCCAAAGAUCAUCUCCAAGUGGGCGACACAGUUCGUUCAAGAAAGCCCAUGAAUGCAUGUAAACCUCAAAACGUAGAUGUACCUAACGGAACUGUGGUUGAUGUGGGUAGUGAUGCUGAUAGAAAUGGUUUUGUGCUGGUUAAAAUUGCUGGAAUUCACAACCCUCUCAGGGUACAAGAGUCAACACUUGAGAGAGUCACAUCUGGCUUUGCAGCGGGAGAUUGGGUGCGACUGAAGGAAGAACAUGGCAGGCAUUCUCCUGUGGGAAUUAUACACUUUGUGGAUCGUGAGGGAGGCGGUGUGACUGUUGGGUUUGUAGGUUUAGAGACUCUCUGGAUGGGAAGUUCUUCCGAGCUUCAAAUGGCUAAAGCUUAUUGUGUAGGGCAGUUUGUGACGCUGAAGGCUAAUGUGGCUGCUCCACGAUUCGAGUGGCCUCGUAAAAGAGGAGGACGAUGGGCCACUGGGAGGAUUUCACAAAUCCUCCCAAACGGGUGUCUUGUUGUUGGCUUCCCAGGGAGGCUGGUGUUUGGAGAUGAAUCCAAUAGCUUCCUAGCAGAUCCAGCUGAAGUGGAGCAAGUUUCUUUUGAUACUUGUCCUGGAGUGGUGCAGAAAUAUCAGCACGUUGAGGAUUUUCACUGGGCUGUAAGACCCCUUGCAAUUGCAUUAGGUGUAUUUACUGCCAUGAAGCUUACAAUUUCUGUCGGACGAAGAGUAAGCACAAAACUGAGAAAGCGCCAAACAUCAGGCAACGGCCAGGAUGGCUCAGGUGGUAACAAUGCAGCUUGGCUUCCACCGCCAUUUGCAAAUAUUCUCUUCAAAGAGGCCAUUCCUACUGCCACUGUUAGGUAAUCUGUCACCCUUUAUCCAGCCAUGAGUAAGUUUCCUAGCAUCUAAAAUCACUCAGGCUGUUAACCAGAAUAACUGCCAAAGAUCAAGAACAUCAUUGGUUUAACUUAAUGCAAAUGGUACCACUCAGCUGUAAAUAUGGAAGUAAAUACAUAUAUUUUUAUAUGCUCUGUGUAAAUCCACAUUGCAGAGUAUUUCAAUUUAUGCAUUUGGCUCCCUUUGUUGUAUAAAUUUGAACUUCGAUUCUGGUCUGCUUCAAGGUGGUUGGUUCCUGUGUACUUGUUGCUCUGGCGCAUGGUAUGCCAUGUUUAUCUUCUUCUAAAUUCUAUGAAUUAUUGCUCUAACGAGAAUAGUCAUUGUUGAGAACCU